AUGAAUGCCAUCUCCGUUCACCCGAUAAUACCUGUAUACGCAUCGACUAGUACCUCUUGGCCCAAACCAGACGAGAUCUUGCCUGGCUCUACUCCCGAAACUUCGCGCAACAACGGUACCAAGCCUUCUAUGCACAUCGUACCAUCAUCCAAUCCGAACCCCCGCCCCGUAUGCGUCAAUACCACUCAGCGCGAUACCCCGCCUAAAUUGGAAUCGAACCAACACUCACUUGCUCACUGUCCACCCAAACGGACGUUAAACAUCAACACUCGUGUUCUCCGCGUCAUUCUUAGUGUAACUAUUCUUGACGACCCUUCGCAUCCUUGUCUUGAAUUCGCGCCAAUGAACCCGUAUCCUUCUCCCAGUCGUGCUGCAUUGACUCUCACCAUGAAGCUCCAAAGCCUCAUUGCAGUCCUUCUCCCUUUCCUCGCCAUCUCAUACGCGUCCAUAGACGAGCAGCUUCCCAUGGCUAAUGCCCACCAUCAAGCUUCUUUCGAACCUCUUACUUCCUCGAAACCAACAUUAGCCGACUUGCUGACAAUCGAAUCAUCUGCAUCCAUCUUCUACUCAUACGCACGCGAACUCGAACUGUGCGCGAUAUUCUCGGAUAAGGGCGUUAAUAACACGCUGCUCGUACCGACAAACAAAGCCGUUAUGGCGCUGCAUCGGAAACCGCACCAAGGACCGGAAACGGUCAGCGGCGACGUGACGAUCUCAGAGGAAGAGUUUGAUAGUAUAUCGAAGAGGAACGUCGAGAAAUGGAUCUCGGCUCAUAUCAUUCCGGAAUCACCCAUUACGCUGGAGUCAAAGACUUAUCCUACGCUUCUACACCGAAAGACCGUUUCAUUUACGGCUCUCCCUAAAUCAGACCCGAAGGCGGCUGAGUGGACGAGAGUACUCGUAAACGGUGAUGUUCAUAUCAUCGGGAUGAAAGAGGCUCUUAACGGUGUUCUGUAUCUCAUCGAUGGCACCAUCUCAGUUGAUUGA